ACCGGAAGUGCGAUCCACAGUGUACUUCACCGAUUGGCUAGCGGCGAAAUUUGAAAUGCAACGCGCUCGUUGUUACUUUGGCUGCACCAGGAUGAGGCUGAAGCUGUUGACCGUUGUGGAAGGAAAAGAAAAAUAACCUUUUACUAACUGAAAAGGAAAAAACGAACAGAGAAAAGAAAAUCUUCCAGCAGUUUUAGAGUCUUCCAUUUCGACAGAAAAGCAUGGACACCACGGCGUUUAACCUCCAAGGCUUCUUUGAUAAGCUGAUGACACACAUUGAUCUUCUGAAUGACAACAUUGAGCCCAAUUUUAUUCAGAUGGCGCGGAACUUUGAUGAGUGCCGCCGCAAAUGGCUGAGCUCCGAGCAGGAGCUGGGGGCCUGCAAGGAGAUGCUGAGAACCGCAGAGAUGGAGAGGGGGGCUCUGGAGGUCAAACUGAAACACGCCCGCAACCAAGUCGACGUGGAGAUCCGGCGCCGCCAGAAGGCCGAGUCUGACUGCGACUCACUGGAUCGUCAAAUUCAGUUGAUCCGAGACCUUUUGACCAGUGAGGGGUCCACCAACAGCAUACAGCUGAGUGCAGAGCAGAGGUCUGCACUGGCGUUCCUAAACACAAAUGGUCAAGUGGGGACCAACCUGAACUCCAGUCGAAGACUCGUGACCAUAGAUGAGUCCGCUUCCAUCUUGUCAGAUAUCAGCUAUGACAAAAGCGAUGACUCUCUUGACUGGGACUCUUCCACAGUGAGGACAGUGCGACUCAAGAAACGGGAAAAAAGGCGCUCCUCCAGGAAUCAGGUUGAUGGACCUCCGUUGUCGGCUAAAAGGUCUCGAUCUACGGGCAGAGCGGCAGAGAGGGCCAACGAGACCCUCGUGACGACGACAACAGUCACUGUGCCUGCGAACGGGGGGCCCGUUGAGGCUGUUUCUACUAUCGAAACUGUUCCAUAUUGGACUCGAAGCAGGAGAAAGACUGCUGCCAUCCAGGAGGACUCUGAAUCUGUCAGGUCUGAGGAUGUUUUUAAGGCACCAGCUAACCCUGAGGUAGACGCCAGAGCCCAGCCCAGCACUCCUCAGAGCAAGGGAGCCGUCCGUCCACACGAGUUCGUGUCUAAAACCGUUAUUAAGCCUGAAUCCUGUGUGCCAUGUGGAAAAAGGAUCAAGUUUGGCAAGAUCUCGCUGAAAUGUCGAGACUGCAGGGUGGUGUCGCACCUUGAAUGUCGAGAGCGGUGUCCCCUGCCAUGCAUCCCCAACCUGGGAGGCACGCCAGUCAAAAUCGGAGAAGGAGUCCUUGCAGACUAUGUUUCAGACUCUUCACCGAUGAUUCCUUCCCUUGUGGUCCACUGCAUCAGCGAGAUUGAACAAAGAGGCCUACAUGAGGCUGGCUUAUACCGGCUGUCUGGUGCUGAUCGCACAGUGAAGGAGCUGAAGGAGAAGUUUCUCCGCAGUAAAACCGUUCCUGUGCUCAGCAAGGUGGACGAUAUCCACGCCAUCACAGGCCUCCUGAAGGAUUUUCUGAGGAACCUGAAGGAGCCUCUUCUUACCUUCCACCUCAACCGAGCUUUCAUGGACGCAGCCGAAGUUUCAGACGACGACAACAGUAAAGCUCUCAUGUACCAAACCAUUGCCGAUCUGCCACAGCCCAACAGAGACACGCUUGCUUUCCUGGUCAUUCACCUGCAGAGAGUUGCAGACAGUUUGGACACAAAGAUGGACAUCAGUAACCUGGCUCGGGUUUUUGGACCAACCAUUGUAGGCCACGCCGUUCCCAACCCAGAACCCAUGACAAUUCUGCAGGAUACCAAACGACAGCCUAAAGUUGUUGAGCGGCUGUUGAGUCUGCCAGUCGAUUACUGGGCUCAGUUUGUGAACUCAGAGACCGAACAGCCAAACUUGGACCAAUUGAUCAUUGAGAACGCAAACUGCUACGCCACUCCUGAGAGAGUGAGCAUUCUCGGACCUCUGACCACGCCAGAGCACCAACUAAGCAAAACCCCCUCCUCCAGCUCUUUGACUCAGCGCAUGAGGUCCACGCUGACACCCAGAUUUGGAAGCAAGAGCAAAUCGGCUGUUGGGUUUUCUCACCAAGGAAAGUUCUUUGCCUCUCCACUCCUCAAAUAGCACAAGGCGGCAACACAAUACAUGGAUAGGCUUUAUUUCACUUCAGAACAUGUUAAGUUGUGGAUAUUGAUUGUUUUUAUGUUUUUUUUAAAGGGUAUUUUAAAGAAAGUAGAAUGUUUUUCUCCAUCCGUACACACCAGCACACCAUUGCAGUUGAUGCUUUGCUCAACGGUAAGGAGGUCGGCCUCAUUUCAGAUGACAACAUACGGGAAAUUAACCAUUUUCGAGGAGAUGUGUUAAUUCAUUAAAUGUACUGUAUCCACAGCUUCCAUAUGCAACCAUUUCAGUUUUUCAGCUCAUGUCUUACUCAGCAGCUGAAGACGUUACCUUUUUGGCAUUUAAUUAUUGAAGUCAUUGAAUGUGCGCUUGUUUGUUGCAAGAUUUCAUUGUUUUGAUGUUUGUAAAUGUUUUUGUUCAUUAGGAUCGUCCUUUUUAGCCAGUGAUUUGUUUUGUAAAUGCUGUAGAAUCAUAUCUUCAAAAGCUUUAGUCACAUGUCUAGAUUCGGCCCUCUCUUGGAGGUGCAGAAAAUUCUUUCUUUUGUAUCUUUUGUAAGCUGGGCACUUUUUUUUUUUUUUUUGUCCCAGAAAAUGGCCAAAAAAAAGACAAUGUCAGACAUUAGCUUCAUGUUCUUCCUCUGGUGUUUAUUGAUCCUUAAAAUGUUUGUCCUUAUUUGCAGGGUUCCCAUAGAAAAGGAAAUUAUUUUGUGUAAGCCAGUUGAGUCAUUGUGGCAUUAUUUGGUUGUACAUCAUCACAUUUUAAAAAGUGUGCUUUCAAAAAUGCAUGUAACUUAUAAAAUACAUUUCAGACUUAAGCAA